AUACACGCCCUUACCUUCUACCGGUCAGCCAGCGACAACACUGCGCUCCCCCUAUCCCCCUUUUUCUUCUCCCUGAAAAGAUCAAUACUUUGAUUAGUUUUCCUCCAAAAUUUGACGAUCCCGUAGAAUUUGUCUCCUUUCCCUCCUCAUCUUCUGUUCAUUCUCGCCACUCCUCUUUGGGACCGUUGCUUGCUCUCUGCUUUCCCUUUUCUCUUGGGGGCUUAAAGUAAGAGGGGAGAUAAAGGGCGAGGAAAGCGAGAGGCAAAAGAGACGAAACAGAGGCCUCGAUUUGUGAAUUGGGGUCAUCAGCCGUUUGAGUUAAUUGAAUUGAACCCUUUUGUUACUUUCUAUCUAAUUCUCCACUGCUUUGAUUCUCGGGACUUCUCGUCGGCCGUAUACCUUUUUUGACUUUCUUUGUAGAAAUACGAAAGGUGGGGCUCUCUUCCACAAGACCCUGUUUCCUACUUUCCUGGGUUUUUUUUCUGCUCCUCCACUUGUCUUCCGCUUUCCUUUUCGACGGGUGUGUGCUGUGAUUAGUUUCUGGAGUUCUUGAGGAUUUUCAUUUCCUUCCCCUGCUUUCUCUCUGUGUGUGAAGGUUUCUGAGGUGAGUUCUUUUGUGGGUUUCCUUCUGAUGGACCUCAGCUGCUUACUUUGGCAAAUUUUGUCGCUUUAGGUCACGAAUUGUCGAGGAAUUGGGGGCGGGUUUUCUGGGAUUUUUUGUUUGUUUGCGAAGUUUCCUGCUUGCCCUGUCCGUUUUCCCUUGGAUUCCGGCCUAUGAGCUGACAAAGUCGGCGACUUCAUUGGAAUCCGGUCACUGUAUGAACCCGCUGACUAGGGGGCUUUGCUUUGCUUCUAGGUUUUUGGGUAACAUGGGUGUCGGAGUUCGCCUUUACUUCUUGACUUUCCAUGGGGGUGUUUGAGGGAAAUUGCGAAAUUUGUGCUCUUUUUCCCCUUGUUCUCGUUUCCCAGUUGUAUGUCCACUGACUGGACUCUUUGAUCUCUGGGUUCAUUCAUAUAUAGUGCAGUUGACUUGAAAUGCUGAGUUUUGGGUUAUGAACUUUUUCGACCUUGAGGGAUUUGGUUGCUUUUGCCUUCUGUUCUUGACGCUUAGGUUAUAAAGAUUUCAGUUUGUCUUCAUUUUAUGUUCAUUUGGUAAGUUUUUGUUCAUAGCUUAAAUUUGUUUCUGCCACUAUUGCAGCACAAAUUAGGGCUUGGAUUAUGCAUAUUAAGCUCGUAUUACUGUAUUAGUUCUUGUUCUUGCGUUGAGCGUCUCACAGUUGAACUGAGUCUGCAAUAAAAUAGAUCGUUUCAUCUGUGGAACUGUUUUAAAUGAUGGGGUCCUAGAAAGUAGAAACUGUUGAAAUGGUAAUGGGAAUUUCAACUCCCUCUUAGUUGUUCUAGCUUCUCUGUAUUUAAAUGGAACUUGCUUUGUGUGCUAUGCCAGGUCUAAACUUCAGCCAGGUUGCUAAUGGAUUCUCCACAAUCUGUUGUUUCACCAUUCAAGAAUGCUGUAACCGCGGAGCCAGAGAAGCAGAAAACAACGGACCAUUCUGUGAGGAGUGCAGUCAACAGCAUAACCAAGGAGGAGGUUCCCAGGAAGGCAACUAAUGGCCAUCUGGAGGACAACUUCAUUGGCAAGCUUGAGGUUUAUGUACAUCAGGCUAGGGACAUUCAUAACAUAUGCAUCUACCACAAACAAGAUGUUUAUGCCAAGAUUUGCCUCACCAGUGAUCCUGAGAACACUGUCUCCACCAACACCAUCAAUGGUGGUGGCAGGAACCCGGUUUUCAAUCAGAAUCUGCAGAUAAAUGUCAAGACGGUCGACUGCUCUCUUAAGUGCGAGGUAUUCAUGAUGAGUCGGGUGAGGAACUAUCUCGAGGAUCAGUUGCUGGGGUUUGCUUUGGUGCCUUUGUCUGAAGUUGUUAUGAAGAAUGGGAAGUUGGAGAAAGAGUUCUCCCUUUCAUCCAAUGAUAUGUUCCAUUCACCUUCUGGAUAUGUUCAACUCUCACUCUCAUAUACUGGAGCUACUCCGGAGGUAAUGGCAAUUCCUGCUGCUGAUGGGGUGAUGAGGGACUCCGAGGUUCAGGAAUCACUCGAAUGUGAGCUUGACAAGCUUGAAUUCCCAGAUCCAAAUAUUGCAAAUGAAAACCAGAUGAUGGUUUCUGAGUAUUAUGGGACACCACGUACUGAUCUGGAUGAGUCUGAAACCUCUGAGAGCUUGGUCACUUGUGAUGCUGCUGACAACCAUACCAGUAAUGGUACAUGCGUUGCUAAUGUAGUGGAAAGUUACUCUGCUGCGACAGUGGGUUCUGCCCUAGCUACUAAUAAGCUCGAUUCUCCUCCAAGCAGCGUGUCAGCAACAAAUGGAGACGUCUCAUCUCCUUCAAAUGGUGUGAACUCGGACAACUCCAAGACUCAGUCCGAAGAACACAACUCGGUUAGCAAAGAGGACAAGGGCAUAGAUGCUGCAAACGGGGAAACUGAUUCCUCAGCUGGAACUCCAAGAGAGGAAGUUACCAAGCCCGUUGUUACUCUGAACAUGGAGCCAGAGCAGGGUGUUGUGCAGCAAGACAUAGUUGACAUGUAUAUGAAGAGCAUGCAACAAUUCACCGAGUCAUUGGCAAAGAUGAAGCUUCCACUGGACAUCGAUAGCAGCGGACCAGCGAGUUCAGGAAGUUCAAACUCCGAGCAGCAGAAAACACCCUCAUCAACUAAAGCAGGUUCCCGAGUGUUUUAUGGGAGCAGGGCUUUCUUCUGAGCCCUCCCUUAGUCACUGCUAGUUUCACAGUUCGGGAGGAGAGAACACACAGGUGACAACAGUUUGACUUCCCUUCUAUCCAUGGAGAGACUAAGUAUCUAAUGCUGAUGAACUGUAAUAAUUUUAUGAUGUAGUAGUGUGUGUUGUUUUUCUCCCUUUACCUUGGAUUCAUGGUGAGACUUGAGAUGUUUAGAGAUGACGGGGAAAUCAUGACUUGUAUGCUGGUUUGGUUCUCAGCUUUGUUUCUAUUCCUGCUGUGUUUCCAGUUUGUAUACAUGCAAAAUUUCCCUUUCCAAACUGUCGUUUUUCUUCUUCUUCUUCUUCUUUCUGUUCUUUACUUCUAUUUGUCUGUUCUGCCCAUUUUCAAACCUUUGAAUUAUGGUGAAAUCA